GGUGAAGUUUGUGGAUUACUGUGGCUGAGGCCAUCACUGGUUUCCCGUUCAUCCUCCAGUCUUCAGAAAGCAAGUUAUCAUGGGAAAGGCAAAAAAAACACGCAAGUUCGCAGCAGUGAAACGCAUGCUUAGCCCGAACGAUGCUCGUCUCAAGGAAAACCAGCUAAAGCAAAAACGAAAGGAGGAGGAAGAAAAGGCGAAGGCUGUUCGCCGAGUACCGCAGAUAGCAUCGUCGCUAUUCUUGCAGCACAACACCGAGCUCGUGCCGCCAUACCGAGUCCUCAUAGAUACCAACUUUAUUAAUUUCAGUUUGCAGAACAAAUUGGAACUUAUCAGUGGAAUGAUGGACUGCUUGUAUGCCAAGUGCAUACCUUGUGUUACAGACUGUGUUAUGGCAGAGCUGGAAAAGCUUGGUCACCGAUAUCGAGUAGCCCUCCGUGUUGCCCGUGAUCCACGCUUUGAGCGUCUAAACUGCAGUCACACAGGCACAUAUGCCGACGACUGUCUCGUACAGCGUGUAACUGCACAUAAGUGCUUUAUCGUCGCGACCUGUGAUCGUGAUCUCCGUCGACGCAUACGCAAAAUUCCGGGUGUACCAUUGAUGUACAUCGUCAGCCGACGGUACGCAAUAGAACGACUACCCGACCAGGGUGCUCCAGUAUAGUAUAUCUUGAGAUAUGGGUCCGUCUUUCGGAGAAAAAAGUAGAUUAUGGCGAUGUAACAUGUCAGAAGUUGUAACUAUGCAAAUCCAAUCGUGUAGCAGAGAUAAUAUAGUUUUGGUAUCCCUCUGCGCCGCGGUGCUACCCAUUCGC